AUGGCCAAGCGCUCACGCGACUCAUCAAUCAUUUCCUCGGAUGACGACGGUCAAGGGCAGAUUGAUUCAAUAGACGAAUCUGAAUCGCCGCGGCCGACUAAGCUUAGUGCAAUCGCCAUGACCGAUUCACCCGAGCCAACUGCGAUUCAAUGUUCACUUCCACCUCAUCGGGAGCCCCUGAGCUUCUCGAAUGCUGAAGCCUUUGAAGUGCAUUAUGUGAAAGAACAUUCCAACCGCUGUUCUGCCUGUGGAAAGAAUUUCCCCACCGCUCACUUCUUGGCAUUGCAUACUGAUGAGAACCACAACACCUUCCGUGAGGCUUUACAGGCCAAAGGUGAGAAGACGUACGCUUGCUUCGUCCAAGGAUGUGAGAAAAUGUGCUCUACUCCGCAAAAGAGACGUCUUCAUUUGAUUGACAAGCACCUUUUCCCCAAGAUCUACAACUUUCGAGUUGUGGAUACUGGAGUUGACAGGUCCACAUCAAUGCUCCACGAAGGCCGAAGGAGAAGGGUCUCUACCUUAAGUGAUCAGCCUCAAUCCAGCGGGCAUCAAAGGAAAGAAGCUAGACCAGGGGCAAACCAAAUGAAGCAUUCCUCACCUGUACAACCAUCGGAAGGUGAUCCAUAUGUUUCAGCAAAGUCAAUUGGGAAAGUCCAAGAUUGUAAUCGCAAACCGGUCGAGGGUGUCUCGGAUACUACGAUGAACGAGCUCGAGCGAUCCAUGUCAUCUCUACGCUUCGUACCACCCAGCAUCGCAAAUAAGGUACGUAACAAGCAAAAGCAGCGCUGA